GUACCAUUCGCGUACUGUUUCGCGAAGACAAUUUUGCCGAAGCCGGCUGAUUGGGGGCCGAAUAUUGACAUAACGGGUUUCUGUUUUGGUGGAGAGAAUAAGACGUAUGUGUCACCGCCACAGUUAGCGAAGUUUCUGGAUGGUGGAAGUCCACCGUUUUAUGUAGGCUUUGGUAGCAUCAGUG